CACAUAGGUUAAGGUUAAAGAGGACUGCUGCAACUAUAUAAGUGAAAAACUCGAGUGACAUUUUAUCCAAGAACGAGAAAAUAGGCAAGAUGCGACAGUUCAUUCUCACCACAUGUCUCCUGGCUUCACUGGCAGUUCGACAAACUUCGGCUGAGGUAAACAGGAGCCCUCCAGUGAGCAAUGCCGCCUUCUACCCGUACGGGCCCGGUACUGCAGACAUUCUGGACUCUCCCGCGGAUGACAGCUCUUCGGGAGAACAGAGUCUCAGUAUUGCAUUUCCAUUCUUCGAAGAAACCUACAAUUCUCUUUGGGUGAAUACCAAUGGAGACAUUUCCUUUGGUGGGUCGGUAACAGGCUUCACACCAAUUCCGUUUCCGGUGGAAGAUAACAAACUCAUAGCCGGUUACUUCACCGACAUCAAAACAAGCUAUGACGGCCGUUCUGGCUACAUUUACCAUCGGGAAACAACUGAUGCCACUGUGUUAUCCAGAGCAAAUACGGACAUCCAGACAGCCUUUCCCGCCGAACACGGCAGCUUCGUGGCGAUCUGGGCCUACAUCGCAACCUGGCACGAAGUAGCAUUCUUCGGGUCGAGUGGAGCUUCUCGUAAUCUUCGGAACACGUUUCAACUGGUGCUGAUUACAGAUGGCUGUAAGUCCUUUUGUCUGUUUAACUACGACCGGAUCGACUUCUUACAAGGGAGCACCAACGGCGGAGAUUCGGAAACUGGCACAGGGCCAAACCCGGCACAGGUUGGGGUCAACGGAGGCGAUGGGAUCCAUUAUACCCCUCACCCUUACUCGACUUCCACUGAUCUGUACAACCUUCCAACUUGGACAGAUCCGGCUGUGCCCGGGCCUCCCGGAAGGUGGUAUCGUAGGGUUGACAGGAAAAUAAUCGGCGACACCCCACAAGGUUGCCCUCCCUCAUACGAAUUUUACGGGGAUAAAUGCGUAAAGCUGCAAGAACACCCCCUUGAUUAUGCUGCUGCAAUAUCCAAAUGCGAGGCAGAUGGGGCGAGGCUCUUCAAUAUCCGCAGCCAGGCUGACAACGAGUGGUUAACCGAUCAACUUCAUUUGUUUGUGAGUGGCAAAUUGUAUCAGCGUGGUUUUUGGAUUGGUCUGACUGAUGAAGACACCGAAGGCACAUUCGUGUGGGAGGACGGCACCACUUUGUGUCCAACCAGUUACACCAACUGGGCUUCAGACGCUCUUGCAUCGAACGACGGGACCCGUAAUUGUGUCUACAUCAGCAGGGGAUACAAUGGGAAGUGGUCCAUCAAAGGCUGUGACGACAAAAAGAAGAGCAUCUGCGUUACGGAUGCAGAAAUACCGACAUGCCCUUAGCUCUCUCACCUCCAUCAAUAUCAAAGCG